CUCAUCUCAACUCAAACAACAACACAACAAACACUCCAUCUAUACCUCACCAUGGGCGUCAGAGUUGCUACCCAGCAGGACAUCCCAGCCCUCAAGGAAAUCAUCCUCAAGGGCUUGUCAGAAGAUUCCGUCUUCAAGUACUGCUUCCCUUCAACGCGCUCAGAAACAGCGACAAAUCACGUCGAGACGGUCCUCAAGAGAAUCAUUGACCCAGAAAACGCCAGCUGGUUGUGUUUUGUCGUUGAUGCUCCCAAGACUCACGACCCUGUUUCCUUGGCCAUCUGCCAAACCAUCCACCAGAAUGCCGAUGGGCAAAAGGGCGUUGCCGAGCAGGCUGAGCAAGUCUUUGGCCUAGAAGCAGACGACAACCAGACAAAGACAAUAAAACGUCUCUCUGCCCUUCAACAAGGCAUCACAGAGACGCAGCAAAAGUACCUCGUUCGUCACACCGAGAUCAUCUUCCUCCAUGCCGUCAUCACGCAUCCGCACUGGAUUCGCCAAGGUUUCGCCAAGACGCUCUCCAAGCAAACCCUGCAAGUUGCCCGCCAAAAGGGCGCCGUAGUAGUCGCCCUCGCCAGCCCCUUCACUGGCUACGUCUUCUACUCUGGCACCAGCUUCGCCAACUGCGGCCGCACAAAGGUAGAGACCGACAACGACAUUGAGAACCUUGAGCUCCAAAUCAUGGUCUGCACUCCCCCCAAGCCCCUCGAGCAGCGCCGUAGCUCCAUCAUGGACUACCUGGGCGGAAAGAAAAUGUCACCCGCUGGUAGCAGACGCGAGUCAUACGAUCAAGACGCUGCUGCCGGCGCCCAAGAGCAGAGGCGGAGCUCGUUCCUUGACAUGUUUGGCUUUGGCCCCAAGACACCCACCAGCGUCGACGAUGAUACCCGCAGAAAGUCUCACGCUUAGACUUUGUUCAUUCUCUAGAAAGAAAUAUGACUCUAGAAUGGGAUAUCGGGUGUUUUUCUCUAUGUAAUUAUCUUCACUAUUAUCCCAACUACCUACGAUCUUACGAACUUUGCCGACUGCAAUUUAUAUACCACUACGCUUUAGAACCCCGCACCACUGUGGUUCAUGCCCCAUUAUGCUUCACCGAGUUUCAUCUCGAAUCAUGCAUUUACAUUUACAUGACAGCAC